UGAAGUUGUUAUGAAACGUACGUCAUCAUCCAGCGUCAAGACAUCGUCGAAACGGCGGAAGUAACGUGAAGGUUGGAGUGCACGGCUUCGGCUUGCUGUUUCAUGCUUAAAUAUGGGUGUUAAAAUAGAGAUUUUUAGGAUGAUGCUGUACAUGUCCUUUCCCGUUGCCAUGUUCUGGGUAUCAAACCAAGCUGAGUAUUUUGAAGAGUACAUUGUCAAAAGGAAGAGAGAAAUCUUUCCACCAGAUGAGAAGAUGCAAAGGCAAGAGCUUGAAGAGUUUAAGGAGCGUAUGCGGGCCAGAAAGGAACAGCGGAUCUUGAAAAAGAUGGGCCUGGAGUCUCAGGACUCCAGAACUGACAAUGAAAUCUGAUUUCUCUCUGAAUCGUGGAUCCUUCAAACCCAAGGGAAGGCAAGGCAAGGCAAGGCAAGCAUUCUCUUAAGAAUGUUCAACGAAUUAUGUUUUGAAAGUAUUGCCAAAUUUGUGGUUUGGACAUUGAGGAGACUGAUUUGUCAUGGGUCAGAAGGUUUCUUGGAUCCGUUGGAUUGCUGAAUCAAGUUAACAUGGUUUUUUUCUGCUUUAUUUCAAAUGCUUUCCCCUUUUUCAUAUUUCAGUCAAAUGCAUACAAACACUGGUUUCAAUUGAAGUUGAAAUGCAUUAUUUAUUUUCAGUGAUUUAGAUAUCACUUGUUUAUGUACAUAUGGAGAUUUUAUUGUCAUUAAAGUGAGAACAUAUUGAGAACCUAAUGUAUUUAGAUUUUGUGAACACUCAGAGAAAGUCAAUUUGAUUUUUUAAAAAUGUAUUAAUAAUUUUGUUUGUCAUUUGUCAAACUAUCACACAACUUAACAUUAAGGUACAUAAUGGGACAUAAGGAAAUGUGUUUAAUAUGGUUAUGGAAUUUAGCAGACACAUUUGUCCCAAACAACUUACAAAAAAGUCACAAAAUAACCUCUGGUAAUGUUUCAGUCAAUGAUGUCGGAGGCUUUGGUCACAACCCCCUCUAAUUUCCUUUUGGUGUGACUGUCUGAGCUCCCAUACCAGACAGUGGUGUGUGAGGUGAUGAUUGCUUUAUAGAAAUUCACCAACAGAUGUCUGUUCACAUAAAGCGUCUUCAGUUGACUAAGGAAGUAAAGCCUUAUGUUGUGCCUUUUUAAUUAGUGGUGUCUUAUUUCCCAUUUCAAAAUGCAGAUGUUUGAGCCAAGAAAUUGAUCUGAGACCGAUCACAUAUUAACUGGAGCAUUUAGUCCUGCUAUUUUUGAGAUGUUGAAAGACAUUUGAAGUGAUUGAUCAUAUUAAAUUACUUUUGUUCAUGCAAA